AUGAUAAUUCGACAUGAGGAAGAGAUGAUAUGGGAGCCUGAGCAUGCUUCCAACAUACCGGUUCAUUACCUUGCGGUCGACACCAACGUCUUCAUAUGUCAUCUGAAUCUGAUACGGACUAUACACACUCUUCUCCUAGGGCUCAGACCGAGUCCGGUUAUAUUCUUAUUACCAUCCGUUGUGAUACAUGAAUUAGAUACCCUCAAAACCUCUCGGGCACCUCCCGAGCCCAACUCACCUAUAACACUUGGUCGAAUCGUCCAAGCUGCCAAUACCUGGCUAUUGGAGGUACAUCGAACUAGACGUAUGACGGGUAUAGGAGCUUUGAGAUGUCAAAGUCUGAAAGAACAGUGGGAUACUAAGAUCAAGGAUCAUGGCCAGAAUGAUGACCAGAUACUAGAUUGUUGUCUUCAUUUCGCGAAUCACGGUGCGAAAGUUACACUGUGGACUAACGACAAGAACCUAAGUGUGAAGGCAGAAUCAAAUGAUGUAGCAACGCUAGGAGCACAAAAUAUGACUCUAACCAAAUUCUUCAAAUCGAUAGAUGAGAUUUUCCCAGAAUCAUUAUGGAACGAAGUCAAUCGUCUGAGUAUAUACGAUGAACCCUCUUAUGAACAACAAAAUGGGGAUGGAGUAAGAGUAUUUGACGAUGAUAUGGAUAUGGACAUGGAUAUGGAUCAUGAUUUGCAUGAUAAUAUCUCUGAUCAUCGGUUGGAUGGUACCACACCUGAAGAAGAAUCACGGCGUUAUCCUUACCUACUCCCUCAACCUACUUCCUCUCCUCCACUUUCAUCAUAUCAACCAGCAUCCCUAUCCUUAUCGACUACUCCGAUACCAUCCAUAUGGAAUCCCAACUCCCAUCUCCCCUUGCCGACACCAACUCAAGCCCCCUCGCCCUCGCCAUUUCAGCAGAAUCGACAACCGACUUCGCCAAAUUCCAUACCGAUGGAUCGACAUUCCUCAAGUUCCAAAUCCAGCUCGAAAUCGAUAUCGAUGAAUUCACGUUCUUCAGUAUCUCCGACUAAACGACCGACCUCAAGACCCUCCAGUCCAACAUCAUGUUCGACAUCAACAUCGACACCGGCACCAGCCAACCGUACACCAGGAUCGACAUCGACUUUCAACGGACCAUCCAGAAUCAUACUCACGUCACUCCAACUUUCCCUCCGCCCAUUCGCCAUAACCCUCCUCCGACAACGUCCUAACCCACCUCGUCCUACCGACGAGCCUCUCGAAACUCAGCAGAUCCUACCGACAUUAGUAGAUACAUUAAGUACUUUAGAUACCACCCUUCAACACCAGGGUGAACCUCCUUCUUCGGAAAUUAGAAUAUCUCUCAUCCGAUCGAUAGGUGCCGUCAAGACUAUCAACAAUUAUAUAGAUAAUCAUACUGGUGUAGUUUUUAAAAAAUCCCUGGAGAAAGGAAAUAGAAGAAUAAGAUCGGGUGAAAUUGUACAAUGUUUGGAGAUUUUGAGAAAGACGUUCAAGGACUUGGGUUUAGGAGUGGAUGAGGAUCUGGAAAGAUUGGAUGAUGUGAUUGAGGAUAUCAAGAAAUUAGAUUAG